AUGAAGAAUUGUUUUCAAUUUUUUUCUUUUUUUCAUAAUUUGGCAGAUUGCAUUUCACAAACACUUCUUGUCUACUUACCAUUACUAUCAACCUCCAAGACUGGUUACCUAAAAGCAGAAUCAGUUUUACCUUUCCAUUUACGUUAUCAUCAACCCCAAAUUGGAGACUACAGUAGAGCAACUGUCAACAUUAACCCACCAACACAUGUAUUCACCAAUUGCUCAGAUGGAUUCAGUGCAUUAGAAAAAAUACCUUGUUCCUCGUCAGAUAGCAGAUUGUGUUUGUGGCAGAAAUUAAAUUGCAAAGCAGCUACAGUGACAACAAAUGUUCCAGUUGGUGAUUUUAACCAUCUUAUCCCAGUGUCAGUCAUCACUAUAUUGUCCACAUUUGGUAGUACAGCUUUGCUACUUCAUCAAAUGUACAAAACAUCAAAUGUAAAGCUUCAAAAACAAUAA